GAAACUCCGCGUUUAUACGCUGCUAGUAAUGGCAAUAUAUUUUGCUGACUUCAUUGUGCAUGCAUUCUUUUGUUUGAAAAUUUGAUUUUGUUUUUUAUUCUUUCAAAUUCAAACAGCAAUCCUUACAAGAUUUGACAUUUUUUUACAAAAUUUUACAAAAAAUAUUGCCAACAAAAUCAAUCACUGACAAAAUCAAUAAUGUCUAAUACUAGUGGCGCUGACCAAUGGUGUUUGAUUGAAUCGGAUCCUGGUGUAUUCACCGAAUUGAUUCGUGGAUUUGGUGUGAACGGACUUCAAGUCGAAGAACUUUAUUCAUUGAUGCCCGAAUGUUUUGAAAAUCUUAAACCAGUUCAUGGCCUAAUUUUCCUAUUCAAAUGGGUAUCGGAUGAUUAUUCGGAUGGAAAAUUACUUCAAGAUUAUCGAUUAAUGAAUGAAAUUUUUUUCGCUAAACAAGUUAUCCAUAAUGCUUGUGCUACACAGGCAUUGAUCAAUAUAUUAAUGAAUUGUAAACAUGCCGAUUUGAAUCUAGGUCCAACAUUGACCGAUUUUCGUGAAUUCACCAAAACAUUCGAUGCCUCGAUGAAAGGUCUAUCGUUGAGCAAUUCAGAAUUGAUUCGUAAAGUUCAUAAUUCCUUUUCUCGACAACAAAUGUUUGAAUUUGACAAUUUGAGUGGAAAAAAAGAAAAAGAAGAUGUAUUUCAUUUCAUCGGCUAUAUACCAUACGGUGGUCGUUUAAUCGAAUUGGAUGGCCUUAAAGAAGGUCCUUAUGAUUUGGGACCGAUCGGUGAUAAUGAAGAUUGGGUAGCCGUUGCACGUCCACUUAUUGAAAAACGAAUGCAAAAAUAUGCAACCGGCGAAAUACAUUUCAAUCUGAUGGCCGUUGUUAGUGAUCGAAAAAUGCUUUAUGAAAAACAGAUUGCCAAUAUGGAGAAACAGGCAAACAUUGAUGGUGAAAUUCAAGCCAAGAUUGAAAACCUUAAAUAUCUGAUCAAGCAAGAAUCGGAUAAAAUGGAACGUUAUAAGAUUGAAAACAUUCGCCGUAAACAUAACUAUCUUCCAAUGAUAAUUGAAAUACUUAAACAAUUGGCUAAUGAUGGUCGAUUGGUCGAAUUGUAUGACAAGGCUAAACAACGUGCAUUACAACAACAAAAACAAAAACAGGAUAAAUUGAAAGCCAAAGCUGAAAAGGCUAAUUGAAAAUGAAAAUGAUAUUUUUCAAUUUUUUUUAUUACAACAUGAGACAAUAUUCAAAUUAAUAAUAAAAUUUAUGGAUUAUUUUCUCCAAUAAAUGUUCGCAACAUUCGAAUUGUUGAUAAAAGUUGUUGACAAUUUUCUUCAGCUUCAACACGA